AUGCUACCAGAACCUUCAGUGACUAUCAGCAUGCAUAUACAGCAGCUUUUCUUUCUACUCGGCCUCAUUCUCGUGGGCAAUGUAGCCCUCGCAGAUCUGGAACAAAGUGAUGUCCCCGAACCAUGCUAUUCGGUCUGCCAGUCCGUUGUAAGCGCCUCCGGACGCUGUGACAACGAAACAAGCGACGAUAGUGCCGAAAUGCAAUGCAUGUGCGACAUGGACCAGGCAAGCACACAGAUCCCUCUUUGUGAGGCAUGUAUUGCCCAGUAUAGGGCAGAUAACCCCAGUGGUGACGAGGAUGAUAAUGAUCCUCACGACAAUGACGCAUACGAUAUGGUUACUUCCUGUAGCUUUCAGACUACAUCCUACACUCCUUCUUCUUCCCCUUCUUCUUCUUCCUCUCGUGCGCUUCUUUUCCGCCGUUGUGGUCGUGACUGUUCGAACGGGAAGCCCGGGUACUACAGCACCUCGGGUCCAUAUUACUAUCCACCAUAUUAUCCUCCGUAUCCUCCUUACUACCCUCCUUAUUAUCCUAAUCCGACUUUGUCGACGGUCGUGUCGGUGUCAGUUUCAGUAUCUCCCUCGCCUAGCUGCAACUCUUCCCCUGCUGCUGGCGAAGGCGAAGGCGGCGGUGGUGGUGGCCCCGGUGUUGCUCCAGUUCCAGUUCCAGUUCCAGCUCCAUCCCCGUCGGUGUCAGUUUCCCUGUCGCCAUCGCCAUCUGUGUCUCCAUCUCUAUCCCCAUCGCUGUCCCCCUCUCCGUCUCUAUCCGUAUCCCCGUCUCCAACCGCUUCUCCGUCUCUGUCUCUAUUCCCAUCUGCAUCUGCGUCUCCAUCACUAUCUGUAUCUCCCUCUGUCUCUCCUUCGCUAUCUGCAUCGCCUUCACUAUCUGUCUCUCCUUCGCUAUCUCCCUCUGUUUCUCCAUCCCUAUCUAUAUCCCCAUCUGCAUCUCCUUCCCCAUCAGUCUCAGUGUCUCCGUCCCCAUCUGUGUCGGUGUCUGUAUCUGUAUCUGUAUCUGUGUCUCCAUCGGUAUCCCUGUCCGCAUCUCCAUCAGAAUCUGUCUCGGUCUCAGUCUCACCAACGUCCGAGCCCUCCCCUCCACCACCUAGUGAACCGUCUCCUCCCAGUGAGCCAUCUCCUCCCAGCGAGCCAUCUACGCCCGGUGAGCUAUCUCCUCCCGAGUCGUCUGUUUUGGUGACGGUGACACCUUCGCCUGUUGCUUAA